AUUUCUCUAUAUUUAAUAAACACUGAUUGGAGCUGCUUCUUCUGUGGAUAAGCAAAAUUUUGGAAUCUUGAUUCUUGCUGUUUCUGUAGUGUCACAUCCAUUCUUCAAUGGAAUGCUCCCAAGAACAUAUUACUAAUUUCAGUAACUUUGUGCUGAAGGGUGGGCAGAAGAUCCUUCAUGCUGACCUAAAUGAAUUAAUUCAGGGAAGUCCUUUGGCCUUGUUAUACAGGAGUGGAGAAACAAGAUACAACAAAGACAAGAUACUUCAAGGACAAGGUGUGGAUGAACCCCUUUCUGCAACUGGUUUCAGACAAGCAGAUGCUGCUGGUAUAUUUCUCAGUAAUGUAAAGUUUACUCAUGUCUUCUCAAGUGACCUCCUUCGAGCGAAGCAGACUGCAUCCACAAUUAUAGGAAAGAAUAAGUUUUGCAAAGAUAUUGUAAUACAGUAUGAUGCAAGACUUCGAGAGAGGAAAUAUGGGAUUGCUGAAGGAAGGCCAUUGAGUGAUCUAAAGGCAAUGGCAAACGCUGCUGGAGAGCAAUGUCCUUCGUUUACACCAUCUGGAGGAGAAACACUAGAUGAGGUAAGGACACGUGCAAAGAAUUUCUUUGAAUUUCUGUGCCAACUUUCUAUUGAAGAAGAGUGUCAGAAAGAACAAGCUGUUCCGGGUAUGGCAGGCAAUGGCUUGGAAACAUUAGAAGGAAAACCAGUUUUCCCUUUGAGAAACCACUGCUGUGGACUUGAACUUAAUUCUGAUACUGGCAAAGAUACAAAAAUGUUAAAUCCCAAUAUAUUGGUGGUGAGUCAUGGGGCAUACAUGAGAAACUGGUUUGGUUAUUUUGUUUUGGAUCUGAAAUGCACUUUACCAUCAGCUUUAAAAAAGUCUCAGUUAUCUUCUGUGAGUCCUAAUACUGGAGUGAGUCACUUCAUUAUAAACCUUGGAAAUGGAGAUGUGAUUAAACCUGAAAUCAGUUGUAUUUGUCUUAAUCGAGAUGAUCAUUUAGCAGAUGUGAAUACUGAAAAUGUGUAGCUCAAACAAUUAAAAUGUUAGCAAUAUUAAAUGUAUUAUAUAGCAUUUUUAGUCUUAAGUUAUUUAAGCAUGAGAAAUAAUUUAUUUUAAAAAAUACCCUUAAUUAGCAAAUAAGUCUUGACUAAGUUCAAGUUCUAUUUGGAAAAUUGGUCUUAAUAGUUAGUUGGGUUGACUUGAAUUCAGUUAUUGGCAGUAUACUGUAAGAUUCUGAAGAAUUGUAAUAAUCUGUUUUACAAUAAUAUACACAAUAUAGAUGACCUUAGCGCUUGAUAGUAAUUCAGUAUUGUAAAAAAAUCCUAAAAUUAUUCUUUAUGAACAGGAACUUAAAAAGAUAUUACUGUUCAGGACAUAUGGAUCUCUGUUGCUGUAGUGUGGUUGGGUUUUUUUUAUUUAAUAUCUUUUUACCAUUCUACCCAAAAUGUUAUGGAUAUCAUCAGCUGUUUUUCAAAAAGUAUUACAUGGCAAAAAGUUUAGAAAUACUGUAACUAAGGAAGUUAAUUUUUUCUCCAACCUACUGUGCUGUAACUUUAUAUAUUUAAGUUGGUUUUUAUAAAUGUAAAUGUCUUCCUAUUUUAAUAUAAUAUUAUAACCUAGUAGAGGGAGCAUUGUCUAGUGGGAAGAGCAUGGAACUGUAGGUGUUUGGGGAAGACCUGGCUCUGUCACUGACUAGCUGUGAGAACCUGGGCAAGUCUCUUAAUCUUGCCGUGCCUCAGCUUUCCCAUCUGCAAAAAUGGGGAUGAUGAAACUUACCUCACAGGUGUGUGGUGAGGAUUCAGGUUAUUUAAACAUUUUUGAGAUCCUCUGCUGUAAAUCCUUGUACAAAUGCGGAGUGUUGAUUGUUUAAAAUUGUUAGUAGGGUGUGGAGCCCUAACUUGCGCAUUGCCAGAAUGAUGACCUCUGUCCUGAAAAGCAAUUCUUGCACAUGGAACGUUGUGUCCAGCUAGAGUCCCAGUGAUUUAAAUGGGACUCUCAUGAGUGGUUACAUUUGCAGGGUCUAGGCUUCUGUAAGCAGUCAAUGAGUGCUUAUGGUUACUGGUAAUACUGUAUUUUCUUCCACCUUUUGGUGUCUGUAGUAUUCACAUGUAUGAGCGCACAUGUAAUGACCUCUAUAUAUGUUGUAGUAAAACUAUUCUCGCAAUUUGCAUCUUAAAAGAUUGUAAAUAAAAUCAUUAAAGCCCUAUGUGUAGAAUUUCUUGGAUUUUCAGCAUGCCAUGUGUCAUGCUCAAGGUUUAUUUUUGAUACUUAUUCUACAAGGCUAAGUACAAAUCCUGUAUCUUCUUGUAUUGGAACUAUUAGAGGGUGUUCUCUCGGAUUGACUGCAUAACUGCAAAAUGGAGCUACUUUCUAACAUGUUAGUCAGUUGUCUUUUAAAGGGGCCUGUAUAUGUCAAAGUUCUUUACCAAUUAACACCUAGGCAUUACCAUAGAAUUUUAUUUAAUGUUGCAAUACUUAAAAUUGAAGCUGCUUACAACUUUAACUUUUUGGGCUGAAACUUUCAAAGGUGAGGGUCUGCCUCAGUCUAACCUUUUUUUGAAGUUUCAUCUAA